AUGUUUGUGAGGAUGAUACAGUUAUGCCAAAAGGGAUGUACCAGACUCAAGUUUGAAGAUGCUAACUAUGUGAAUAAUUCUCAAGGGGGUUAUCAAAGACAGAACUACCAGGGUGGUUACCAGUAUCAGAAACAUUGGAGACCUCAACAAGGUCAAGGUGCUUAUAACAACUCAGGGAACUACAAUAAUAAUUAUGGUGGUGCGAACCAAGGGAGCUACAAUAACAGUAACAACUUUGGGAACAAGAGGUCAAAUCCUUAUAUACUACUGAAAGGGCAGUCAACAGAGCAAGAGACAGUGGGUUCCCAUACAGCGGCUAUUCAGAAGCUUGAGUCACAGAUGAGGGAUAUUUUUAGAGAGCAGCACCCUCCUAAAAAGGGAGGACUUCCGAGUGACACUAUUUCAAAUCCGAAGAAUGGGGGAGGCGGUAUAGAUCGUGUCUUUGCCAUCACUACUAGGAGUGGUAAAAUACUCCAAGAGACUGAUAAGAAGGUGGUUGAUCUUGAGCCGAUAGAUGAAGAGGAAGAGGUUGCUGAUAUUUCAGAGAUUGUGAAAGAAGCUGAUAACACAAGCAAGCAGAUUAUAAAAGGGGCUCUCCGCCCUUUGACUCAUCUUUUCAAGUCUAAACCUCCCUUUCCUCAGAGGUUGGUAAAGAAUAAUGAAGAUGCUAAGUUCGAAAAGUUUUAUGAUCAGUUGAAGCAGUUAUCUCCAAAUUUUCCCUUCUUGGAAGUUGUCAAGGAGAUGCCUGAUUUUGCUAAAUAUUUGAAGGACAUACGACCAAGAAAACGGUUCAACAUGAAACCAAAAAGAGUAAUCUGCGCGGCGUUUACCAUUCCCUGUUCUGUUGGGCACCAUGAUUUUGCUCGUGCUUUGUGUGAUAAUGGGGCGAGUAAUAAUUUGAUGCCCCUUGCUAUAUACAAACAAUCAGGUUUGGGGGUACCAAGGCUAACUACUAUGAGGUUGCAGAUGGAUGAUAGGUCUAUCAAAAGGCCUGUUGGUGUGGUUGAUGAUGUGCUUGUGCGGGUUGGUGAAUUUAUGUUGCCCACUGAUUUUGUGAUUCUUAACUGUGCUGUUGAUAGGGGACAUUCCUAUUAUUCUGGGGAGACUUUUCCUUGCUACAAGGAGAGCUUUGAUGGAUUCAGAGAAAAAUGA